AGGAAAUGUUAAUCGCCAGGUCAGUGUUCAGAUAAGAAUUGAUCGGCUUUCUUGUAUGCUGUACAGUGUUGAUAUUCCUGUAGUCGGUACUGGACGUUUGGAAAAAAAAGAUGAUUCGCACAGUUGUGAUAGGCCUGCUUUGUGUGGCUUACGUCACGUCAUUGACAACGACGAAAGCACCACACCAUCAUCACACCGGAACUCACCAUGCACAUUCUGGACCCACACGUGAACCGGCUGAGCACGAGAACUUCAGAUUCAUAUACGAAUCACAUUCGCAUAUGAUGUUGGUUGCAACAGGCAAAAAGUGUUACAUCUUUAGUCUAUCGGAUUCUGAGAGAGGCGCAAUACACACUGACGCCGGUAUCAGGGCUGUUGAGUUGAAACUGUUAAGUACUCUGAGCACAGCCUCUGUUACUGAGGUAACCAAAGACCAGCUGAGCGCCCAGGUGGCUCAUUCGUGUGGACACGUCGAUCAUUAUUACAAGGAAACUAUUGUAUAGUCAAGGAAAUAACGUGCACUUCUUAGUGCUCACAAUAAAAUAUCAAUACAU